GUUUACUUGGACAUAUACUAACACUUAAUCUCAAACUCCUGGGCUCAACUUCAGCCUCCUGAGGAUAUGGAUUUUUUUGGCAAGUGACAUGAAAUGCCUCCCUAGUUUCAUCAGUAUGCAAAAGUUUCAAAAUACCAAUACCACUAUCACACUCACCAACACUGACAACAAUUUUUCCUCAAGUUUCCCUGAUUAUUUGAUUAAUAUCUCUCUCUCUCUUUUUUUUUUUUUGUAGAGACAGAGUCUCACUUUAUGGCCCUCGGUAGAGUGCUGUGGCAUCACACAGCUCACAGCAACCUCCAACUCCUGGGCUUAAGCGAUUCUCUUGCCUCAGCCUCCCGAGUAGCUGGGACUACAGGUGCCCGCCACAACGCCCAGCUAUUUUUUGGUUGCAGUUCGGCCGGGGCCAGGUUUGAACCCGCCACCCUCGGUAUAUGGGGCCGGCGCCUUACUGACUGAGCCACAGGCGCCACCCUGAUUAAUGUCUCUUAAUCUCUAGGUUUCCCUUGCAAUUUAUUUGUUGAAGAAGUCGGGGUUAUUUGUUACAUAUUUUGAGAGCUGGCGUUUGCUGAUUUUAACCCCAUAUUUUCACUCAAUAUGUGCCUCUGUCCAAAGCUUCCUUUCAAAAUAUAUACUUAAAAAGAAGUUUGAUUAAAUAUUAGUACAGGUAGUAUGUGGUUUUGACAAAAUUGUGAAGGUGGUGGGUAUCAGUUUAGGAAACACUAUUUCUAACAGUCUCUUAUGUGCCAGAGUAUGAUCCUCUAAAUCUAAUAUGAAUGCUUUCUCUUCAUUCAAAAUCUUCAAAUCUUGUGUGGAAACGAGGACACGGACUUGUAAAGUGAGCAGCCUCUCCCUCUGCCAGCAUCUGAAUACAGAGAUUUGGGUAUUUCUUCAGUGUGUGGGCUUUUCAGUUCUCCUUAAGACCUGUACUAAGGUGUUCGCCGCCCCGCACCUCAGCCAGCUAGCGUCUGCCGCGCCUCUUGGCCCAGUAGAUCUCACCAAAAUGCCAUCUCAGAUGGAGCACGCCAUGGAAACCAUGAUGUUCACAUUUCACAAAUUUGCCGGGGAUAAAGGCUACUUAACAAAGGAGGACCUCAGAGUGCUCAUGGAGAAGGAGUUCCCGGGAUUUUUGGAAAAUCAAAAAGACCCUCUGGCCUUAGACAAAAUGAUGAAGGACCUGGACCAGUGCCGAGAUGGCAAAGUGGGCUUCCAGAGCUGCUUUUUCCUAAUUGCGGGCCUCACCAUCGCGUGCAACAACUAUUUUGUAGCACACGUGAAGCAGAAGGGAAAGAAGUAGGCAGCACCGAGCAAUUACUCUGCCCUGAAAAGUGUUUUCUCAAAGGAUUGCUUCAAACAUCUGCCCCACAGCUUCUCCCUAUAUAAGGAUUUCAUGAGCAGAUCAGGAUCCUUAGAAUGUAUACAAAUAAAAUCCAACUCCCAUUUGUCAAGCAGAGAAGAAAAAGUUAAUUAAAUGCCAGAUGAGCUUUUGUUUUUUACAUUGUUUGCAUCCGCUUGCCCUCAAUAAACAUAAUCCUUUUUUUAGUUCCAAAUU